ACUGCAGUCUAAUUUAAUGGAUACUUAUGUGCCUUUGCGGCCUCCGUAGAUGAGAACUUCCUGUUAUAAUUCUCAGGGAAAGUGGUUUUUCCUUUGGAAUAAAGGCGAUAGUAUGAAAUGGCAGCGGUGUUCCUGGCCACACUCUAUGAGUACUCUCCGCUCUUUUACAUUAGUGUGGUGUCGCUGUGCUUCGUUGUAACCGCCGCUUUGGUCCUCGGCUGGUUUGGCUUUGACGUCCCAGUUAUCCUUCGCAGCUACGAUGAACCAGAGCCCAGCAUACCAACGCCUGAGAAACAGAUGGUUCAGGUGACCAAUCCCUUCACCCUGGAGUUGGGUUGUGGACCAGCAAGUGUUACUGAUGGUGUGUUGGUGAGACCUUGUUGUCUGGAGCCCUGUGUCCUGAGCUGUUUCUGGGGCUGUGAGGUCAGUACUUUGCAAGGAGCGCUGCAUGCCCACCAGCACGGCAUGAUGCUCAGCACCCACAAACAUUUCCAGGAAGCCCUCAAUCUCCACUACCAUUAUUGCCAGAAGUUCCAUAUAAGCAGUGAAGAUGCAGAGGAGCGGCACACACAGAUCCCUGCUGACCAGAGCAUCACCGAUUUUGGGCUGCUGCCAAGACAACGCUACCCUCUCGUGGCUGUGCUGACACUGGAAGAGGCACAGACCAGAAACUGGAACCACAUUGUGGCCAGUGUGACAGUUAUUCAUGUUCCUGAUGACAAAUACAAGCUUUCUGCACGGGUCCUCUUCCAGUACGUCCUUACCUCACAGGGCAGCAUGUACGAGUUAAAGCCUCUCUUCAUGUCAGCUGACAGCACAGGGAUGUCGGGGUCUUCUGACUCAGCGUGCACUUCCCCACCCAGUGAAACUCCAAACAAGGGCAGUGUUGAGGAUCAGGGUCCGGUGAUGGAGGAGGAGGAGGAGGAGGAGGAGGGCUGGUCAGAGAGGACGCAGGGCAGAGACUGUGUGGUCUGUCAGAAUGCAUCGGUGAACAGGGUGCUACUGCCCUGCAGACACACUUGCAUGUGUGACAGCUGUGUGUCAUACUUCCAGCACUGCCCAAUUUGUAGAGCCUUUGUCAUGGAGUCAUUUGCCCUGACGCAGAGUACUGACGACCAGUGAACUGUGAACAUGAUAGAGGUGAUGUGCAGCUGGUCAAACUAAGCUGUCGUUCCAGAUGUUGAGUUUGAAGUAAACAAAUGUCAACUGCAUGAAGUGCUCACCUGUUUGUCCGUUUAAAAAGUAACUGGUGGACUUUGCAAGUGAAAAGGUUUUGAUUAGCAGAUCAGACCCACAUGACAGACUUCACAGCGUCUCCCACCCUCUGCUGGGCCUCAGCGGAACUUUCCUGUAAUGCUGCCUCCAUCAUACUUCAGGAUGUUUUCAGCUUGUUAGGCAGUUAUUCUGUUACACUAAACAAUUUCAUAUGUUCAGCUGGGUCUUUAGCAAACAUGAAGUCCACAGUAAUGUGAUAAAGGGCAACAGGUGCCUGUUCUCUGGCUGCUCUUGCUUAAAGUGGGCACCCAAUGCUCAGUUUGAGCCUCACAAACCAAUCAGCACGGCAGCACACCACAAAGUUUAAUUUCACUGUUGAGCCCUAAAUAGCAAAACGCUCUGGAACAUUUUCCAGCUACAUACAAAUCGAUGUUUAAUCGAGUUGUUUCCCAGACCGCAAAGUUGGUGUUUGACUCUGGGACAGCACAAUCAUUUAUGUGGUAAGGUUUUGUAAAAGGGCUCACUUUUUCUAACCACUAAACAAGGAAGUAAGUAUAUAAGUAUUGUUAAAACAGCUGAUUUAAGCACGUCAGGUCAAACGUUUUCCGAGCUAGCUCACAGUCUUGUUGACAUGCAUGCUAAUGAUGUUACAACAGACUAGGCUGUAACCUGGAUCAAUAUUAGAAUUUGUCAACUGUUUAUAAAUAUGAAAGUAACCUCUUUAAGUGGAUGAAGGCAAAUACAAAGAUUAUAAAAGA